UAAUGCGCUUAGUUCCUAAUAUCUUAUUUUUCUUUCAGAAUGUUUUGGUUUCGAGGGGCGCUGAUGUGGCUAGGCGCCCUUUGCUACGUGGCCGCACCCAGUCCAGAUUUGUGGAAGUGUCCCGACAUUAACCAGGAGCCGAUCGUCGAAUGUAGCUGUGACAUGCCGCAUACGCUUAGGUGUACAGGCGACCGAUCGGCUCUUGAAGUUAUUGGACGGACGCUACGUUCAUUAGAUUCCGCAUCGGUAUCCUUACUUGACUGUACAGUACAGAACCUAAGUUCACUUCCCGGAUCCCUACUGGAGGGAGUAGCCCUUCACGGUCUAGUCAUAUCAUCUGGGGAAAUAACCGACAUUCACCAAACAGCCUUCCAAGGACUAGCAUCCCCACUUCAAGCCUUGGGACUUCCUAACAAUCAACUUACCUCAAUACCCACGCUCGCUCUAAAGUCGCUACCCGAACUCGACCGCCUCGACCUAUCCGGUAAUAAACUACGAAUUCUCGAUGCGGAGUCAUUUAAGGGUCUCUACAACCUUUCCUUCGUCGAGCUGAGCAACAACGUUCUAACCAAAAUCUUUCCGACCACAUUUUCAAAGCUCCCGCAGCUGCGAACGCUACGACUACGCGGCAAUCGUCUCUCAAUCGCGGCCUUAUCAAAAUUAGACCAAAUAUCUACGGUCGAAGAAAUCGAUCUUUCGGCGAACGCGUUCGUGGGCCCCAUCGACUCCCGCACAUUUCCCAAGAUGCAAUCCCUGAAGUACCUGCAGCUCGCUCACAAUUCGUUUACCAGCAUUAAAAUGGGAUGUCUGGAGGGAUUGGGGAAUUUGACCGUUCUCUCCCUUCAACAUAACCAAAUUGACGUUAUCGAGGAUCACGCCUUCAUCUACAUUUCGAGGAUAAUCGAACUGGAUUUGUCACACAACAGGAUCGUUGCGGUUUCCGGCGCGUCUUUGGCGCACUUACUGUCGUUGAACAACUUGGACUUAAGGCACAAUUUUCUUCGAGCUUUAACGGCCGAUUUAGUUCAGCCGCUGAAGAAAUUGCAGAACCUUAGACUGGACGACAACGAUA